AGUCGUUUUGGAAUUUCCAGCUUUCCUUCUGAUAAUCAAAUGAAAAUACUUAGUAUUGAGGUCUCUCAACCUCCUGUGGAACCUAGCAGUUAUGUUUUGUCCCCCACUAUCUUUGAUGAAUUGAGACAGAUUCUGUGUGGAACUUUUAUCAGACACCCCUUAAAGAAGUCUAUUCACAAAACUGCCCAGUACAGUAUCCAGUUGUUUGUCUAUGUUGACUUGAGAACAGAACCUUCAUGGGAAUUUGUUAAGCCUGGAAAAGGGCUCUCAUUCAGUGGUUUUGGGUAAUGCAUUUUCAUAAUAGGCCUUUCCAGACCUGGUUUUCUCCCUGACCCUGCUGGAAACCCCACAACUGGCCGCUUGCCCCCAUUCUGGUGCCCUACAUUAUCCUGCCUCCCUCUGUAUACCAGGCCUUUGCUGCUCCUGCUGGCCACGAAGGUUUAAAGAACAUUAUAGUCCGGGCUUUUUUGUCUGACCUUUAACCUAAUCUGUGGGGGUUGGUACCGCCCGCUUCGGGCACGCGCGGGUCGGGCUCGCGCGGUCCAGCUCGCGCAGUGACCGUUGAGGGCUGUGGUGUUUCCGUGCUGCUCGGUGAGGAUAGGGCUGGAGCUUCUGAGUCCCAUGGCCUGUUGGAGCAGGGGCAGGGCAAACGGGUGGGCUAUGGUAGCAUAGACUUGGGGGAGAAGUGUGGGAGGCUGGGGAAAGUGUGACAGAGCCAUGGCAGGAGGGAGGAGGAGCUGGUGGGGGUCUUCCCACUCGGUCCUAUAGCCUGGGAUAACCCCAAGGAAGGUGUGGCAAGUUCCCCUUUCAGGCUGAUUGGCAGCAGCCUCUGUACCCUCAUUCUCAUGUUACUCUGUGCAUUUCCAAUGUAUUACAUAAUAAAGACAUGGUCCCUUUUAGGGAAAAUGUCUGAAAAACUAAGAAGAUGCAGAAAGGAGCUGACCGCAGCCAUUGACCGGGCCUUUGAAGGAGUCAGUCAUUCCCAGGAGUGCACAGGCCUGCAGAAGCUAGAGCCAGGUGCCACAUCGCUUUCCUUCUCCCUACCUAUGCACAGGCUUCUCUGUAGAGGACACCCUCUGGCAGCCUGCUCCUCUACUGCCCUGUUUGCUGCUGCCCCUUGUGCUUCUGAGAAGGAGAACCCUGCCUUUGUGCCAUACCACGUCCCUGUUAAUGCAAAACCACAUGCUUUAUGCCCCAAAAGAAAACCUCUGGCCAGCAAGGAAAAUGUGUUGAUGCACCCCUCCAUUUUGGCACCUGAAAGACCGUUUUGGAGAGCUGCAGGAGAUGGGGAAAACUGGAGAAAAGAAAGUUUAAGGAAAGAUAUGGAGAGAGAUUUGAAAGUUGACUCAAACAUGCCUCUCAACAAUUCUAGCCAAGAAGUCACAAAGGAUCUGCUGGAUAUGAUUGACCAUACAAGCAUCCGAACUAUUGAAGAAUUGGCUGGAAAACUAGAAUUUGAAAAUGAAUUAAACCGUGUGUGUGGUCACUGCCAAGAUUCACCCUUCAAGGAGGAAGCCUGGGCCCUGCUUGUGGACGAGAGCCCUCAGAAGUCCUCAGAUGUAGACACUGGCAGCCUUAAGCAGGCUUUCGAUGAUCAGAAUAUUAUCGAGACUGUUCUGGAUUUGGAAGAGGACUACAACUUGAUGACCUCUUUUAAAUACCAAAUUGAGUAAGGAGAGUUGCUUUUAGCUUUGAUUCUUUACAGUAGAGGCUGCCAUCAGGUACUCUAUGCAGAAGCAGCCACAGUGAUCAUCAGGAGCUGCAUUUUCAGAGGGCCGGCAGAAGCUGAAUUACCACACCCUUUUUUUUAACUUCAGUUGUGUCCCUUUUUGGGCUGAGAGCCCAGUUUUUGUAUUCUGUUGCUUUGAGAUAUUUCAUAUUGUUAUAUAUAUAUAUUUUUACUCAGUG